ACCCCGCAGAACAUAUGACGUCGCCCCGGUAAUUUUUUCCACGUUUGUAGAGUUGUGACCAAAUUUACGUGUAUUUCUCUGAAACCAAGCAGUCAAAAUCCAAACAAAUGUACUUAUAAAUAGCUUUUACUGCUUCCAACACGAGGACAAGGUAACAGAGAAAUUGGACGACUGUAGAAGACAAAAUGAUCGCAGACACUGGGCUGCUCUCCAACAGCUCUUGGGGGCUGCAUUCAGACAAUUUGUUGUCGAAGGAAGUGUAUCAUGGGAUAGGAAACACUCAGCCUCUUGAUCUAGAUAUCCUAGAAUUAGAGAAUGAACUUGAGAGGGUAAAAUCAGAAAAUGAGAAAGCAUUUGAAAUCCACCAUAUCACAUCCACGGGGACCAGCAAGGCAAGCUCCGAAUGUAGUGAAGACCUCCACUGUGGGGAGUUAGAUUCUGGUCUUGGUUUAUCCAUGCAUGACACAUCAGAGUCUUUCCUCAACCAAAGUAUCCUGAGCGUAUUAGAUGAAGGAGUUCCAGAUCCAUUAGACUUUGAGUGGUCAGACUUGCAGUUAGAUAGUCAGAUAAGUUCCAAUGUAAACUGGCUGAGUGACUCUCAGAGUGAUAUUCUGCCUGUAACAACACCUUUAUGUACCCCAACUAAGAGACCUAGAUCUAAUAGCGUGUCAAGGCAUAAAACAUGGUGUGAGAUGACUAAUAGUGAGCAGAUCCGUGAGGUAGAGGAGCUUAGUCGUACAAUCAGCGAGGAUUUGGGUCUACGAGAGCAGCUAGAGGUUAUCCAGAUAAUCAACCCUAGAGCUACCAUAUCCUACUUAGACACUGAGUUUGUUAUAGAUCUUGAUGAUAUAGAUGAUGAAAAACUGCAGCGUGUUCGUGACUUUGUACGCAUCCACACCUCGUGCAAUACUCCCAUAUCAUCAGGAGCCUCAGAUACCAGCAGUAAUUGCAGUUCUCCACACCCAAAAAAACUCACUAAAAAGCAGAGACAAGCAAUGAGGAAGGAAAUGCGACAAAGACAGAGGAAAGAAUAUCGCCAGAUGAUGCGUGAAAAGAAAAGUGGGCUUUUUGCAAAAGAAGAGGUUCUCGCUCUCCGUCACCAUGAAAAUGAUGCGAAUGACGAUGAUGUUGACAUUGAAUAACCCUCGUCAUAAUGUCACCAUCAACUAGGAAAUGUGUGACAAUAUGUCACCUAUUUAUAUUCUUAAGAGUAAUUGUAUCUGAAUUCACUAAGGAAAUACAUCACAUAUAUGGACACCUUUUAUAUCAUGAAAUACUGUCUUGAUAUGGACAAUCAAUUAUGAAUAAUUUAGAAUAGUAUGAAAUAUUUUAUUAAUUUGAAUGUCACUAAAGGUUACGUCCAGAAAAUGAAAUGAAAUUUAUAUGGAUCAUAAAGACACAAAUCCAGAUGGGUAUAAAUUGUACUUAUUGUUUAUUUUGCAAUUAUGUAUAAAUUUAAAACAUUUGCCACAAAAAUACCAGAAAAAGCCAAAAUUUGCUGAAUGAAAGACUGGUUAACAAUCAUGUCCUCAUAUUUUUAUAAAGCUUAAAUAA